UCUCUCCCCACCAGCAUGAAAAAGCGUGAGGGUGGCGGCUUUAAGGUGGGCGGGGCGGGGGUGGUGCGGGUGGAGGAGGGGGAGGGGGAUCGGAAUGUGGUGGUAGUGAGGAAUCCCUUGCUGGUGCCCCUGUCCCUGCUGGAGGUCCUGCUCACGGCCGCCCUCUGUGGCCUCAACUACUGCUUCAGAUAUGAACCGGGACUUCGGGAGGACUCAAGCAUGACCAACUGGGAAGGGGUGAGGUUAUCCUGCGCUGACCUGCCUCACUUGUCCUUCCCGUACGUGAGGGAGGGAAACAACACCUCCAGCGCCUCCUUCCAGCUGCCAGAGGGCGUUUUCUACUCCUGUGCCAUUGUGGUCCCCUGCUGCCUGGUGCUGAUAGCGGAGACUGUAAGGUGUCAGUUUCCAUCAAGGCGGAUAAAACACGUGGAAAGCUGCAAUAUUACCUUCCUUAUGGCCGUGCGUCGCAUCCUCCGCUUCUUACUCACCUUUAUUAUGGGUGGGGCGGCAACUGGUCUCCUGGUGGCGGUGACGAAGCUGGCGGUGGUGGCUCCAAGACCUUAUCUGUUGGAGGUGUGCGGUUCUAUGGGGCCGGAGGAAGUGUGCACGGUGGGGGACUACACCUGGUCGCCCGAAGAGGUGUGUGAGGGAAGCAAUGAGGAGUUACAUGAAGCACUGAGAGCCUUCCCGUCCUACCACGCCGCCCUCGCCGCCUACAGUGGCGUGUGGGCGUGGGUGUAUAUUGGCGCAGCGGGACGUGUGCCGGGCGUGUAUGGCGGACAGCUGGUGGCGGCGGGCAGCGUGGUGGCAAUGAUGCUGCUUGGCGCCACCCACGGCCUGCGCACCUACACCAGCUCCCUCCUUGACGUGACUGCAGGAGUGGCAAUAGGAACUGUGGCUGCCUUGUUUGUGGUGUACGGGCUGACCAACGGGUUCAAGGAGCGUAAAUGGAGGACGAGACUGCUAAUUGAGAAGGGACGAGUCGGAAAUGGCAAUCUUCUUCCUCUUAAACCUCUUGGUGGAUCUCCGAAUUUGAAGGCAUCGCAGAAGUAUAAGGAGCUGGAGCUUGGCGAGAUGGAGAGCUCCGAUUCAGAGACCUCAGAGGAAGGAAGCUUACGUGGGCUCUUCAUCGACUCCUUCCCCAUCAUCCCCAGGGCCACCACUCUCCCCAGCAGGGCAGUGAACCGAAGGACCUCCGCCACCCCCAACCACGCCCGCGCCCCAGCACAGGCCGUCAACCCCAGACUACAGCCUUACAGCGCCGCCCCUGAGCCGUCACCACCACCACCACCACCACCACCACCGCCACCACCCCCACCACCACCACCACCACCACCACCUGCACCGAUUCUGUCCACCCCCUCUGGCCCUCCCCCGAGCUACUCCCGCCGUGAGCGCCUCGACCCCUGGACUACUGAUAGCCAAUAUAAUAUUCCUAGACAAAGGUACUCAGCCCCCGCCCCGACUCCUCGCGCCCCAGCAUACGAACCCUCGCCCCGUCCACAGCCCCACAGGACGCUCCAGCCCCUGUCCACCUACUCCCCCAGGCGCACCUACAGUGGUCAACCUCGUGUCCUGGCGGAAACCUCAUCCUACUUCUGAAGAGCUGGUUCCUCUCGUCUGUAGAUCAUUCUAGUCUAUUUUUCUUUCUUUUUCUUUUUUCUUUUUUUUUCGUUCUUUUUCUUCUUUUUUCUAUUUUUCUUCAUUUUAUUUCAUUCUUACCUUCUCUUAUUUUUUUUAUCCUCGUAUAAAUCAUUGUAGUCUAUUUUUUGCUUUUCUUUCUUUUCUUUUCUUUUUUCAGUUUUAUCCUUCAUUUUUUCUCAUUUUUAUGUACUCUUCUUCAUUUUAUUUAAUUCAUCUUUCACUCCUUCAUUUCUCUCCUCUCACCUUUCCUUAUUUUUUUCGUCUUUGUGUAGAUCAUUCUAGUUAAUUUUUUCUCUUUUUUUCUGAUUUCCUUUCCUCGUUUUUUUUUCUUUUCUCCAUUUUUUUCUUCUUUUCAUACUCUUCUUCAUUUCAUUUAAUUCAUCCUUCACUCCUUCAUUCCUCUUCUCUUUCCUUCCCUUAUUUUUUUUUAUCCUCGUGUAUAUCAUUGUAAUCUGUUUUCUGUGCUUUCCUUUUUCUUUUUCUCUUUUCCUUUUUUUACUUUUCUUCAUAUUAUUUAAUUCAUCCUCCAAUCCUUCAUUCCUAACCCUUUUACUUUCCCUUAUUUUUCUCAUUUUUUCUUCCUUCUCACAUCAAUAUUCUCAUACAAAUACUAUUCUCUAUUCCUCUAUUCCCUUCUUCACUUCUCCUUCUCUUCCUCUCAUCACACUCAUCUCACACACUUCACAGACCUUGACUCUAGACUUUCCCCUUCUCCUCUUCCUCCUCUUCCUCCUCCUCCUCCUCCUCCUCCUCCUCUUUCUCACUCUCAUUCUCUCAUCGCCUCCUCUCACCCACCCCCCGCUGCAUUCUCUUCCCCAAGGGUGUGGCCUGCGUCAGGAGAGGUAUACGCCACACCAGGACCUGCUAUUCCCCACCCAUCACUUCUCCACACUCCCCACACCUUCACUCCCCAGCUCCCUUGCCAGUCGCCUCUCACUCGCUCCCCCAGCUUCCAGUCCCUUAAGGUAGCAGUACUGUUACUCUGGCCUUCCUGGAGUUUACUGGAGUUGUGUGUUCUGGUACACACACACACACACACACACACACACACACAUACACGCACACACAGUAAUGGUAAUGCUGAUGUACUUGUCUCAUAGUGUGUGUAUAUAGCGCUAUGAGUAAAAAGUUUAUGUAUGGAGUGUUUUGAGACGUGGCAGUAUGAUUGGUGAAUAUAUGUGAUUGUUUUGUUAAUAAAGAAUUUGUUGGUUAA